AGGGGCGGCGGUGCUGCGCAUGCGCAUGCGCGGGGGCGGGGCGGCGCGGCGGCGUGCGCGCCGCCACUUCCCCCCGGCUCCGUGCGCGCGGCCAUGGCGGCGGCGGUGGUGGCGGCGGUGGUGGCGGCGGGCUCGGCCCAGCAGCUGCAGGAGCUGCUGCAGCAGCAGGACAGGUCUCUUGUAGUUGUCCAUUUUUGGGCACCAUGGGCUCCUCAGUGUGCUCAAAUGAAUGAAGUUAUGGCGGCACUAGCAAAGGAACAUGCGCAGGUUACGUUUGUGAAGCUGGAAGCCGAAGCUGUGCCUGAAGUGUCUGAAAAAUAUGAAAUUAGUUCUGUUCCAACAUUCUUAUUCUUUAAGAAUUCUCAGAAAGUUGACAGAUUAGACGGUGCACAUGCCCCAGAGUUGACCAAAAAAGUCCAGCGCCAUGCAUCUAGCAGUUCCAUUUCUGCUGGUUCUAACGACAUUGCAAAAGAAGAUCUUGCUGUACGUCUGAAGAAGCUUAUCAAUGCUGCCCCUUGCAUGUUGUUUAUGAAAGGGUCUCCCAAAGAGCCUCGCUGCGGUUUCAGCAAACAAAUGGUGGAGAUACUGAACAAACACGGUAUUUCAUUUAGCAGUUUUGAUAUUUUUUCUGAUGAAGAAGUUCGUCAGGGACUGAAAACAUAUUCUAAUUGGCCAACUUAUCCACAGUUAUACGUAGCUGGAGAGCUUAUAGGUGGACUGGAUAUUGUCAAGGAACUCGAGGCUUCUGGAGAACUGGACACAGUCUGUCCGAAGGCAUGCAAGUUGGAGGACAAGCUUAAAGCCUUGAUAAACAAAGCUCCUGUGAUGCUUUUUAUGAAGGGAAAUAAACAGAUGGCAAAAUGUGGCUUCAGCAAGCAAAUUAUAGAAAUCAUAAAUAGUACUGGUGUUGAUUAUGAGACGUUUGACAUAUUGGAGGAUGAAGAGGUGCGGCAAGGACUAAAAACCUAUUCAAAUUGGCCAACGUAUCCUCAGUUGUAUGUAAAAGGUGACCUUGUUGGAGGGUUGGAUAUUGUUAAGGAGCUAAAAGAAAAUGGUGAACUGUUGCCUAUUCUGAAAGGAGAGAAUUAAUGCAAAAGGACAUCAAUGGGAAAUGAAAUACUUUGAAAACUUAUUCAUGUAUAGAUUAUAUUGGAGGAAUACAUGACUUAGCCCCGUGGAACCAAUCGGAAGUAAAUAAAGGCUUCUUACUGGCUCUAUAUAUUUCACAAGAACAUGCUACAUAUGAAAAUACAUGUUUUUGGUGAAGAUAUAAAAUUGUCAACAUCUUCAAAUUCAAUUAAAAAAUAAUGCUGAAAAA